UGGGCUGGGAGAACACGUCAGGUGAUUGACGGCGGGGCUGCCGGCUCUGGGCGCCUGCGUAGUGACGGACCCGGCUGUACAGUCGCUAAGCGGGUUAGGGAACACGGCGGGGCCGGAGAGGCCGUCAUAGGACCUGGAGCCACUGUCAAGUACCCCAUGUUCAGAGGACUGCUGCUGUUUCUACCCCUCAACAUCAAGUGGUCUACAGCCAGUAUUUGGGGCCAUGUUGUGUUGAGUAGAGGGCCUGCCUGUCCAGUUUCUGCUCUGUGGAAAGCCCACUGCCAACAAUCUUCAGCCACUUGCAAGCCUCUUCCCAGGUGGCUGGAUCUGCAGGAGCUAUGAACCAAAAUCAGCUGGGUCCUCAACCCCAGACGGCACAUACUCCCAGGCCCUCUGCCAGCAGCCUUGUCAGUGUUGGUGAACAAGUAUACUCCUCUGUUGCCUCUCCUGCAAGCGGUUCGGCCGCUAGCCCUUUCCCCACCACUGGCUCGGGGAUGGCACAAAGCGUGGCCAGUCCUGGGACCUACAUCCAGAUCCCCAUCAAUGCCGAGGUUCGCUGUGUCUCCACGUUUUCUUUGCCCAUGGCAGUUCAACAGAAGAUCUUUGGAGGAACUCGCAACCUGCCCAAGGGAGGUGAUUGCAGCAAACCCACCACGGCCAUCUACAUUUGCCCAGUGAACCCUGUUAAGGUGACUGAGGCCAAGCGCCUCUUGCCUUUGGUGCCCAAACCAUCGUCAUUGAUCCGUGGGGUUAGGGGUGUGACUGAUCCGGUUCAGGAGACACCCGCUGCUUCACCAGUGGCCAAAGUGCCGAGCAAGGAGCCUUCUUCAGGCAGACAAGACACAAAAAUGAACAGGGCAGGAAAGGAAGGUGCUACUAUCCCAACACCAGUUUCUGUAAAAUUUUGCAACAACCUGGCUUCUCAGGUGCUGAAGACGUUUGUGAAGCAGCAGGCAAAGGGAGUCAGCAUGGAUAGUUUAAUGCAGGCUUACUCCAGCAGUCCAGUAGAUACCAAGGUUGUGGGGAGUUCAUUCAAAGAAAAUGCGCUGCUUCUCUUCAAUGGACAGCUAUACUUCUUAGCCCAGAAAGGCAUUGAGAUUCCCACUGGUGCAGACAAAGGGAGGCUGUCUCGAAGGGAAUCGGGACCAUGUGAACCAAAGGUGGUUUUUGCUGAAGAAGAACGGGUGGACCAGAGGAUUGAGACUAGUCAAAGUUCACUUAGCACUGCAAAUGCAAAACAGGAUGCUGAUACACCUGAAAUGAGCAAUGAACCUGACACAAAUGGGCAGGAACAUGCUGUAAAGAGAAAUGACUGUUUAAAUAACCCUCAGGCGAUGGAUAUGGGUGCCCAUGAGACAAGCCUGCAUCCGGCUGAGAAUGGAUUGAAUCUAGUACAAGAGGUUGUGAAACAGCUACCAAAUCCCGUUACAGGGAGCUCUGCAAGAAGCCAUCUGCUUUCUAAGGAUAAAGACUUAUUGUUAAAAGCAGGAAUCUAUGCUGAUGUCAGAGUUUGCCUUGAUAGAAUCUCCUUGGUUGACCUUGCUAAUAUUUCAGGAUGUCAGUUGGAAAGUCCCGUAAAAUAUAUUCCAAAACUCUCCAAGGAGCCUGAUCCACCGGAUUUGGAAAAAUGUGAGGAACACUCAUGGGUGCCUGGGCUGCCAGAACUGGAGGAAUGCCCAGAGCUCAUCAGGGAGCAUGACCAAACAGAAUUCAGAGAGUGUCCAGAGCUUUUCAAAGAGGUUGGACCAUCAGAUUUAGAAGAAGGUCCAGAUGCCUUGAAGGUGCCUGAUCCAGUAGCAUCCCAAGAAUGUCCAGAGCUGUCUAAAGAACUUGCUCCACUGGAAGAAUGUGCAGCUAUCUCUAGAGUGUUAAGCUCAGCAGAAUUGGAGGAGUGCGCAGCUAUCUCGAAGGAGCCCAGCCCACUAAGAUUGGAAGAAUGUCACGAUUAUUCCAAAAACCGUGUCACAAUAACAUUGGAAGAAGGUGUUGAUGCCUUCAGAGUACGUAGCACACCAGAAUUUGGAGAGCAUUCAGAAGCUCCUGUGAAUCCAAGUUCAGAUUUGAUGGACUGUCUUUCUGAAUCAGAAGAGGGAGGCCAAAGUAAAUUCAGAAGGAAGAGGAAAGAGGUUGAAGUUGAGACUCAAAUUCCUGGCUGUCUAAACCCAGACUGGACUUAUCAAGAUGUAAGUGCCAAGAAGAGAAAGCACCUUGGAGUGGACCUUUGUUCUGAAACCUAUGCUGGUACUCAAAUGGAAACGUGUGGGAACCUUGAUGUGGGAAGUCUGGAGAGUGUCGACACUGAGAAUUCCCUUCCAACAUUGCCAAGCUGUCUCGAAGCUUCAACUGCACCUGAGCUGAACAGUCUGGUUGCAAAGGAGGAGGAGACGAGCACAUCUCUGACCCUUCAUAAAUCAGAUCUUCCCGAAGGGGAAAACCUUGCAGACCUCUCAUUAUCGAACCCACUUGAGGUAGAUGAAACAGUCAGGGAUGAGAAAAUAAAUCGUCUGAAAGAAAUGUUGAAGGAGAAGCAGGCAGCAUUGGAUCAGAUGAGGAAGAAAAUCUCACUUUCAAAUACAGCCUCAUCAUCUCCUACUUUGGAGUCUUUUACACUCUCUCCAGAACACUGGAGCCAAUGUGCAGUCAAGAGUGAUGCCAAGGAUGUGUGGAUCUCACAGGACAAGGAGCCAUGUCUACAGCUUGGAGGAGGGGGGUGGGGCCUGCAGGAGUGAAUGUGACUGCACCCG